AUGAAAUAUCUAAUGGGUAUUGGUGAGGCAGAAGCAUUGUCAGAGCGGUUGAAGCGAGAACUCCAGGCCUUGGAAGCCGCAAAUGUGCAUGCCAUUUUGGAAACUGAACCUUUGAUUGAUGAGGUGUUGCAGGGGCUUGAGAUAGCCACAAAUUGUGUUGAUGAUUUGGAUGAAUGGUUAGGAAUGUUUAAUGUAAAACUUAGACACAUGAGAGAAGACAUUGAGUCGAUAGAGAUGCGCAACAACAAGCUGGAAAUACAGACAGUAAAUAACAGAGCAUUAAUGGAUGAGCUCGAUAAGCUUCUCAAAAGAUUAAGCGUGCCUGAGAAGUAUGUAGACUGUCUCACAGAAGGUUCAUUUGGUGAGACUCACAUGUUUCUAAAUAUUGAAGCAUGUGAGUGGUUAACUGGAGCUUUACAUGGUUUUGAAGGAAUGAAUGUGGAUCCCUGUUAUGCAAAUAUUCGAGCUCAUCUCAACCAAUGGCUUGAAUGUGCCAGCCCCAAGCAGUACAGGCAGUUUUGCUCUUGCAUAGCAAACUAUGGAGACUUGAAAAUGGUUAAAGAAAAGCGGGGUGAACUUGGAAUAUUAAAAACUGCUUUUGCUAGGAGAGCAUCUGAGUUCCUGAGAAACUACUUCGUUGGUUUGGUGGAUUACAUGCUAAAUGACAAAAAUUAUUUCUCUCAGCGGGGACAAUUGAAGAGGCCUGAUCAUUCUGAUCUUCGGUACAAAUGCAGGACAUAUGCUCGUCUUUUGCAACACUUGAAGAAUCUUGACAAGACCAGCUUGAGCCCAUUGAGAAAGGCUUACUGUGGCUCCCUUAAUUUGCUUCUACGCCGUGAGGGUUUGGGAUAUCCUUGGCAUUCAAGAAGUUAA